AUGAGUGCUUCGGGUAGUAACAGUGCUAAUGCUAGUGCUAGUGCUACUCUAUCAAUAAAGAGAGACGGUGCUUGGCAAUGGACUGCACCUAUUCCUGGCCACUUAACAUAUUUUCUAUGCAGUUUCUGUAAUCAAAGAUGUACCGGUGGCAUUUCUAGAUUCAAGCAGCAUCUUGUUGGUUCACGUAAAGGAAUUAGAGCUUGUCCGAAAGUUCCACCUAAUGUGAAGAGUUGGUUCAUUGAAACACUUAAAACAAAUGAAGUAGGGAAGUUUGCUAAGAUUGCACUACGUAGGGAGAUAGAGGGUUUGCCACUACAAGAAGAAGAUGAUGCAGAAGUUCAGAAUACAGUUGUAAGUGAAAAGUGUGGCUUGGCAUUCAAUGUAGCAAAUAAUCCCUAUUAUUUUGCCGCAUGUGAGCAAAUUGCAAAAUUUGGCCCCGGGUUUAAACCUCCAUCUAGUCAUGAAUUGAGGACCUGGAUUUUGAAAGAAGAAGUUAUGGAUGUCCAAAAAUUGAUGGUAGUGCACAAGAAAGAUUGGAGCCAAUACGGAUGCACCAUUAUGUCUGAUGGUUGGAUGGAUGGUAAGAGUAGGGUAAUAUUAAAGUUUUUAGUCAAUAGCCCUAAGGGUACAUGGUUUUUGAAAUCUGUUGAUGCAUUAGAUACAAUGAAGAAUGGGGAAUUGAUGCUUAAAUAUCUAGAUGAUGUUGUGGAGGAGAUAGGAGAGGAGAAUGUGAUUCAAAUUGUUACCGACAAUGCUUCUAAAAAGAACUUAUGA